CCCCCUCACUGUUCUUCUGGGCUGCGCUAUGGAGAUUGGCGGCUCUAUCCUGUCCGAAACAUCCUCUGACAGCUAUGAGGAAGACGUGAUCACCAAAGAAACUGGCAUCUCCGAAAUUGAGCCCUCUGAAAAGGAAAUGGCGAAAGUGGAGACCUCCAAACCAGACCCAUAUGAUGCGGAACCAAAAAAGGCAAAGCAGAAGACAGCUAAGGGCCGCUGUCGUCGUCGCCUGCCCUGCCAUCAUGACAAUUUCUCAAGUUUUGCUACCUACUUCCCUAGGGUGCUGAGGCAAGUACAUAGAGGUCUGAGUCUUUCCCACGACUCCGUGAACAUCCUGGAUUCGUUUGUGAAAGAUACGUUUGAGCGGAUUGCCGAAGAGGCCGGGCGCCUGGCCCGCAACAACAAGCGCCGCACCAUCACGACCGAAGACAUCAAGACGGCUGUGCGUCUUCUGUUGCCUGGGAAGCUCGGCAAGUAUGCCAUGUCCAAGGCUACCGAGUCGCUCAACACAUACCACACCUGCAAAUGAACUGCCUCAGGACUGUCUGACCAUCGCAAACCAGACUUCAGGCUUCUCCCCUUAGGCCCUACAUUUAAUCUUUAAAACAUUUCUACCCCAAAGAAAACAUUAAAAACUUCAUUACCUUUGCUUCAA